GGUGCCGCGUGGCGGAUGCAGAGGGCUGGGCUGUCCUAGGUGUGCGCCAGAGUAGCCACGCUUUCUCUGCUGCCCUACAGAGCCGGACGUCAGCUGUGAAGGUUGUGGGUCCUGGAACUCCCGACAUGAGCGUAGGCUUCAUCGGGGCAGGGCAGCUAGCCUUUGCCCUAGCCAAGGGCUUCACAGCUGCAGGUGUUCUGGCUGCUCACAAGAUAAUGGCCAGCUCCCCAGACAUGGACCAAGCCACAGUCUCUGCCCUCCGGAAGAUAGGGGUGAACCUGACACCCCACAACAAGGAGACGGUGUGCCACAGCGAUGUGCUCUUCCUGGCUGUGAAGCCCCACAUCAUCCCCUUCAUCCUGGAUGAAAUUGGUGCUAACAUUGAGGACAGGCACAUUGUAGUGUCCUGUGCGGCAGGUGUCACCAUCAACUCCAUUGAAAAGAAGCUGACAGCGUUCCAACCUGCUCCCAAAGUCAUCCGAUGCAUGACUAACACCCCGGUCGUGGUACGGGAGGGGGUUACUGUGUACGCCACGGGUACUCACGCUCAGGUGGAAGAUGGCAAGCUUGUGGAGCAGCUCAUGGGCAGCGUGGGCUUCUGCACAGAGGUGGAAGAAGAUCUGAUCGAUGCCGUCACGGGGCUCAGUGGCAGCGGCCCUGCCUAUGCUUUCACAGCCCUGGAUGCUCUGGCUGAUGGUGGUGUGAAAAUGGGGCUUCCAAGACGUCUGGCAGUCCGCCUUGGGGCCCAGGCCCUCCUGGGGGCAGCCAAGAUGCUACUAGAUUCGGAACAGCAUCCGGGCCAGCUCAAGGACAAUGUCUGCUCUCCUGGUGGGGCCACCAUCCAUGCCUUGCAUGUGCUGGAGAGUGGGGGCUUUCGUUCCCUGCUUAUCAAUGCUGUGGAAGCCUCCUGUAUCCGCACACGGGAGCUGCAGACCAUGGCUGAUCAGGAAACCGUCUCCCCUGCUGCCAUAAAGAAGACUGUACUGGACAAGCUUCUGUCCUGGUGCUCUCAGACAACACAGAAUAUCCCCACAGCAGGCCCUUGCCCACAGCCAGGUCAGCUGGGAAGGGGACAUCACUUACAACUAGGGACCUCCAUUGAUACUCAAGUGCCAGCUGGAAACAGGGUGGGUGCUCAGACCGCCACCUCUUCAGCUUCCCCUGGAGCUCAGGCCUGUGGGGUCUUUAUCCUCCCUAGUUUUGGGGUCAGCUAGCUGGCUUAGCCACGGUCCCUUCCUGUGAUCCACUCACAGGGUUCCUUUCUGUGACAGCCAGCUAGUCCCAGACAUCCUGUACCUCCCUCCUUCUAGGGAUCUAAUGCUUUACCAAUAAUCCCACUAGGCACUUGGGAAAAGAACUUCUCAGGUAGCCGACAAAACUCCUGCAUGUUCCUCGACUCAACAAAUGCUGUUACUUCUCUUCCUGUACUUUCAGUUGAAUAAUAAAAAAAAAAAAAUCCCCCAAA